CGCUCCGUUGCUCUUCAAUCAGUCACAAUAAUCCUAGGGUUUGUGUUAUGCUUCGAAUUGGAGUCAGAUUUUGUCUUAUUUUUUAAAACUAGGAUCCGGAGGUCCCGACUUGUUCGGGUUCGGUACUUUUAGGAUUAGGGUUAGGUUUUCUGAUGGGUACGGAAAGGAGGAGAAAGGUGAGCUUGUUCGACGUGGUGGACGACACCUCGUUGCCGGCGAAGAUCAGGAAAUCGAACGGCGGAGGAGUAGCUACGGCGGCGAUGAGCAACAAUGGUAUCAGUAGUGGGAUCAAUAGGUGGACAGGGAGGGCAUACUCGCCAAGGUACCAUGAGAUACUGGAGAAGAGGAGGAGCUUACCCGUGUGGCACCAGAAGGAGGAGUUCUUGCAGGUCCUCAAGGCGAAUCAGACUAUUAUCCUCGUCGGUGAGACUGGCAGUGGCAAAACCACGCAGAUUCCCCAAUUCGUUUUGGAAGCUGUUGAUAUAGAAACUCCAGAUAAACGCAGAAAGAUGAUGAUUGCAUGCACCCAACCUCGUAGGGUUGCUGCAAUGUCUGUUUCACGCCGUGUGGCCGAAGAGAUGGAUGUAACUAUUGGAGAAGAGGUUGGUUAUAGCAUCCGUUUUGAAGACUGCAGUAGUGCAAGAACAGUUUUGAAGUAUCUAACAGAUGGUAUGCUCUUAAGAGAAGCGAUGACAGAUCCACUUCUAGAACGCUACAAAGUUAUAAUACUUGAUGAGGCUCAUGAAAGAACAUUGGCAACGGAUGUUCUAUUUGGGCUUCUGAAGGAAGUAUUGAAAAAUAGACCUGACCUUAAGGUAGUUGUGAUGAGUGCAACUCUUGAAGCUGAAAAGUUUCAGGGUUAUUUUAAUGGUGCACCGCUUAUGAAAGUUCCUGGUAGGCUUCAUCCGGUGGAGAUAUUCUACACCCAGGAACCUGAAAGGGACUAUCUGGAGGCGGCAAUUCGAACAGUAGUGCAGAUCCACAUGUGUGAACCUCCUGGAGAUAUACUUGUGUUCCUCACCGGCGAGGAGGAGAUAGAAGAUGCAUGCCGAAAAAUAGCAAAAGAGGUUGCAAAUCUGGGUGACCAGGUGGGACCUGUGAAAGCAGUGCCUUUGUAUUCUACCCUCCCCCCAGCAAUGCAGCAGAAGAUAUUUGAACCAGCUCCACCUUCAGCAAAGGAGGGUGGUCCUCCAGGAAGGAAGAUUGUGGUGUCAACAAACAUUGCAGAAACUUCUCUGACCAUCGAUGGUAUAGUAUAUGUUAUUGACCCUGGGUUUGCAAAACAAAAAGUUUAUAACCCAAGAGUGCGUGUUGAAUCCUUGUUGGUAUCUCCGAUAUCUAAGGCUAGUGCACACCAGAGAUCAGGGCGUGCUGGAAGAACUCAGCCUGGGAAAUGCUUUAGACUCUAUACGGAGAGAAGCUUCAAUAAUGAUCUUCAGCCACAGACCUAUCCAGAAAUAUUGAGAUCAAACCUUGCAAAUACUGUUCUUACCUUGAAAAAACUGGGGAUAGAUGAUCUUGUGCAUUUUGAUUUUAUGGACCCACGCCCCGAGACAUUGAUGCGCGCCCUAGAGGUUUUGAAUUACUUGGGUGCAUUAGAUGAUGAUGGAAAUUUAACAAAACUUGGGGAAAUUAUGAGCGAGUUUCCAUUAGAUCCUCAGAUGUCAAAGAUGCUCGUUGUUAGCACUGAAUUCAAUUGUUCAAAUGAAAUUCUUUCAAUCUCUGCCAUGCUUUCAGUACCCAAUUGCUUUGUCCGGCCUAGGGAGGCUCAAAAAGCUGCUGAUGAAGCGAAAGCUAGGUUUGGGCACAUCGAUGGAGAUCACCUCACACUCUUGAAUGUAUAUCAUGCUUACAAGCAAAACAGCGAGGAUCCCUCUUGGUGUUAUGAUAACUUUGUCAAUAAUAGGGCAUUGAAGUCUGCUGAUAACGUUAGACAACAGCUAGUGCGGAUCAUGGCCAGGUUUAACCUCAAGUUGUGUAGCACUGAUUUCAACAGCCGUGACUACUACAUCAACAUAAGGAAGGCUAUGCUAGCAGGGUACUUCAUGCAGGUAGCUCACAUGGAACGUACUGGACACUACUUGACAGUGAAAGACAACCAAGUGGUGCACUUGCAUCCAUCGAAUUGCUUGGAUCACAAGCCAGAGUGGGUAAUUUAUAAUGAGUAUGUUCUAACCAGCAGGAAUUUCAUUCGCACGGUGACAGACAUUCGUGGUGAAUGGCUGAUUGAUAUAGCACCACACUAUUAUGAUCUGACGAACUUCCCUCAGUGCGAGGCCAAACGUGUUCUUGAAAAGCUUUACAAGAAGCGGGAGAAGGACAGGGAGGAGAGCAAGAACAGAAAAUGAAGUUCUUGCCGUCCAUAUCUUUUGACUACUUGCAUGUGUCUUCUCCAUAGACAUAGAGAAGGCCAUACGUAUUAGCUGGAUUCUUUCAUUGUAUUAUCUGGCUCAUCUACUCUCAAAAGAGCCAGUGUCUCGGUGAAAGCUCUGGAAAUUUGGCAAAAUUUCUGUAUCAUUACCUAGUGUUAGUUUUAGUGAGUUAUAAUUUUGUAUUGUAUCGUCUAUCUCAAAUUGUUUGUGGAUUUGGUGGUUUCAUUGCCAUUUAAACUUAUCAAGAAAGCGAUUAAAAUUUUGAGAAAAAAUGGGGAAUGAAUAUGAUAUGAUCA